ACCCAUCUAUGGAUACUUUGGUGUCGUCAACGCCAGACAGACGUACAGGUGGACCAGUUCCGUGACUUCAUGAGAGGGAAAUUAGUUUGUGGACACUUUCUGGCCGCCAUCUACCCAAGUGGAGAUGUCUGAGGAAAAUCUGGGGGAAGAGUCGAGCAGCUCCCCGGUCUCUCCUGUGGACAGCCUGAGCAACAGCGAGGGGGAGUUGGACAGUCAGCCGAAGAGGUGUGGGAGGAAGAGGAGACCGAGCAGGAAAAACGGGGAGGACUCAGAUAGCCCGACCCCUGGGAAAAGAGGGAAGAAGUCCAACAGCAGCAGCCCCCAGUCGUUCGAGGAUCUCCAGUCGCAGCGGGUCAUGGCCAACGUCCGGGAGCGACAGAGGACCCAGUCUCUCAACGAGGCGUUCACAUCUUUGCGGAAAAUUAUCCCCACUUUGCCCUCGGACAAACUCAGCAAAAUACAGACCCUAAAACUUGCAGCCAGAUACAUCGACUUCCUCUACCAGGUUCUGCAGAGUGACGAGCUGGACUCCAAAAUGUCAAGUUGUAGUUAUGUGGCUCACGAGAGGCUGAGCUACGCCUUCUCUGUGUGGAGGAUGGAGGGCGCUUGGUCCAUGUCGACAUCUCACUAACAUCUGGAAAAAAUAUGCCCUAAAUGGUGACUGCUGAAUCUACUUAUCACAUUCUGAUGGGACAAAUCUGGAGUCCAAUGCUGGAUACAUGGGAUCACUCUAUUUAAACCAAAGACGGCAGAAGUUCUGGGAUCAUUUCUGCAGAGGCCCUAUAUAGAGGCUGCGUUAGCUCCAUACACUCUGACGCGUUUUCAUGUUGUUGAAGACGAAUGCUGAAAAUAUAAUAAUAGUGGGUUUUUUUCUGAAGGAAAAGACAUUUUUAAAUGCAUGUCUUAGGAGUUAUUUCU